CCAUUCGCAUAAGCAUAAUUCCCCAGUCAAAGCCGGUCAACUAUUUCAUCCGUAUUCACAGCUCAGUCCAAUGAGACCCUUCCACGUGUCCCCAUCCCCUAGGAAUCCGAUGACAUACAUCCUUGUGCUCUCCUCUCCUAUAUAUGGAGUAUAAUAAUGCAACGGCUAUUCGUCUUACUUGAGCCCCGAGCGAGCAUACCAACUCAAUCAGAAUGGCGCGAAAUCCUUGCCGCCUUCCGGCAUGUUUCCCGUCAUUCUCCACCGCUCUCUUCUUCCUCCUCCUCCUCCUCCUCCUUCACCGCCAAUGCGCCGCCAGCCCCCACAACUACCACGAUGCCCUCCGUAAGAGCCUUCUUUUCUUCGAAGGACAGCGCUCUGGCAGACUUCCACCCGACCAGCGCCUACGUUGGCGCAAGGACUCCGCCUUGCACGACGGAGCCUCCGCCGGGGUGGAUUUGACGGGAGGAUACUAUGACGCCGGCGACAACGUGAAGUUCGGUUUCCCGAUGGCGUUCACAACCACAUUGCUGUCGUGGAGCGUCAUCGAUUUCGGCAGAACCAUGGGGAGUGAGCUUGGGAAUGCAGUCAAGGCAGUGAAAUGGGGGACGGAUUAUCUGCUCAAGGCGACCGCACACGACGGCGUCGUUUACGUACAGGUAGGAGAUCCCUUGUCCGACCACAACUGUUGGGAAAGGCCCGAAGAUAUGGACACUUUGCGAACCGCCUAUAAGAUUGACGCCAAUCACCCAGGCUCCGACGUUGCCGGGGAGACUGCCGCAGCUCUCGCCGCCGCCUCUAUUGUUUUCCGCUCACGCGACCCCGCCUACUCUAGGCUGCUGCUCUCCCGUGCCAUCAAAGUGUUCGAGUUCGCUGACAAGCACCGUGGCGCCUAUAGUUCAAGCUUACACUACGCAGUGUGCCCUUUUUACUGCGAUGUGAAUGGUUACCAGGAUGAACUGCUGUGGGGUGCGGCAUGGCUGCACAAGGCGUCUCGGAGACGAGUGUACCGAGAGUACAUAGUGAGGAACGAGGUGGUGUUGCGAGCUGGAGACUCCAUUAAUGAGUUCGGUUGGGAUAACAAACACGCCGGCAUUAAUGUGCUCCUUUCCAAGGAAGUCCUGAUGGGUAGAUCCAAUGAUCUAAAAUCAUUCCAGAUGAACGCAGAUGGUUUUAUUUGUUCGUUGUUGCCUGGAAUGUCGAAUCCUCAAGUUCAGUAUUCUCCAGGUGGGCUGAUAUUCAAGGCUGGUGGAAGUAACAUGCAGCAUGUCACGUCCCUUUCAUUUCUGCUUUUGGCUUACUCCAAUUAUCUCAGCCAUGCCAAUCACGCCGUUCCAUGUGCCCACACCUCUGCCUCCCCUGCUCUGCUGAAACGAUUGGCCAAGCGUCAGGUGGACUACAUUCUUGGGGAUAAUCCACUGAGAAUGUCGUACAUGGUGGGGUACGGGCGACGCUAUCCAGAGAGGAUCCACCACCGCGGCAGUUCGCUACCAUCCAUGGACGCCCACCCUACCCACAUUGGGUGCAAAGCAGGGUCUCGUUACUAUUUGAGCCCAAACCCCAACCCAAACACAUUAGUUGGUGCCGUAGUUGGCGGCCCAAACAGUUCCGAUGCCUUCCCUGACUCCAGGCCUUUCUUUCAGGAGUCUGAGCCCACCACCUAUAUCAAUGCUCCUUUGGUUGGCCUUCUCGCUUACUUUUCCGCCCAUACAUGAACAUCAACGACUAUGACUACGACUACGACUACGAGUGGUUGGCAAAGGUCACCCUCUCCCUCUAUUCUUAUCAUUUGCCUCUUCCUGCCAAAUCAAUCUCUAUUCUCUUUCUUUUGUUUCCACAUUAAAACCCAAACCACAACUAUUAAUGUAUUAUUAUGUUCUCAAUGAGCAUCUGUCUCACUGCUCCUCCCUCCCAAAACAACACAACAUAGUGUUAUUAUGUACUACUCGUCUCCGAUAUAUGUUACUUAUUAUCACAA